UCGUACGAAAGCCGAUCCGAGCUGUUCUUUCGCAAAACAAAUAGCAUGAAAACCGCGUGGACGAAUUAGUUCUGCUGGUUCAGCCCAUUCGCUUCCAGCACCACCUCGGUGCAUCCUCUGGCAUAACUCUUCCACCUUCCAGGCUUAUCUCUUACCUCUCUCGCAAACUAAACUCAGACUAUAACAACUCUGCGCUCUUAGGAUCUCGCUCUAGCUUUGUUGGAAAAUCCGUUGACGCUUCUCCUCGUCAACUGUUGGCAGCAGAAGAACCGCCAUGCCGCGACGACUCAGCGACAUGGCUCGGAGGUUCACGAUCCGGGCGUUGCUCGGCCUUGCAUUCGCGCUUACCGCGUCAGCACUCUUUAUCGAUCCCUCAGACCCCUCGUCCCUAGGGCAACUGGAGGCGAUGCGCGAGCUGAAGCUGGGCUUCGAGGGCAGCAAGCCCGCGGCGCUCGCCACGUGGACCACCAACGACCCCUGCGACGGCACGUGGGUCGGCGUCACUUGCGCUCGGCCCGGCGUCAUUACGAGACUCGAUCUGUGCGGCAUGGGCGUCGCAGGCGCGCUGUCGCCGUUCAUCGGCAACCUCACGGGGCUGCUGCAGCUGCGACUGUGCGACAACCAGAUCGCCGGCCAGAUCCCGCCCGAGCUCGGCAAGCUGUACGCGGUACAAGAGGUCGAGCUACAGAAUAAUAAUUUCACCGGCGAGUUGCCUCCCGCACUAGGAGGCAUGGUCACCUGCACGCACCUAUAUCUCUACGGGAAUAAUCUCUCCGGCGCUAUUCCCGCCGCUCUUAAAGCCGUCACUUACCUCAAGCUGGGUCCGGGAAAUCGUUUCUGCAGCGCGACUCCCGGCGUGCUGUGCGCUGGCGCGUCGGCUGCGCCACUACCCGCAACUCCCGCGCCGGUGGAAGACGCCGCGGAAGCGGCGGGAAGCGCCCCUCCGCUGAUCAGCGCGCCGCUUCCCGACUGCCCGCCUUGCGCGGACAACCUUUUACCGAGCCUCCAGGACGGAUGCACGUGCGUCAAGCCUUCGCUGCUCAAGAUCCGAUUUAAGGACCUGGACUUUGCGGCUUAUAACGCGAACCAGGAGGACGUGCUGCUCGGGGAGCUCUCCCGCGCGCUGCAGAUGGAGCCACGUCAGCUGCUGGUGAUUGGGCGCGAACCGGGCAGCGUAAUUCUGUAUCUCGCCGUGCUGCCGGUGAACGGCUCGGCGCUGGAGGCGGGGCAGGAGGCGAAGCUGGUGGAGGCUGUGACUGGGCACCGCGUGAUUCUAUCGAAGGCGUUCAGCAACUACGAAGUGCUCGGAGCGCCCGGCCUCGCUUUCAAGCCGUCGCGAGAGACGGAGGGUACCGACGCCGAGUCGGCCUCCUCUUCGUCAGCCUCGAAGUCCGGGCUCAGCACCGGAGCCAUAAUCGGCAUCGUCGUCGCGUCGCUCGCGGCCGCGCUGGUUCUGGCGGCGCUUUUCUGCCAGCUGCUGACGUGGCGCCGCGACAGGAACGCAGCGCGCCGAGCUGACGUGGAGAACUCGCGGAUGGCGAAGGUGCUGACGGGCAGCAUCGAGGCGCCGUACAGGCCACACGGGAAGAAAUCCAUCUGGGGAAGGUGGGAUCUGCCACGUGGCAACCCCUUCCCGCCCGUGAAGCCCUCGAUCUCCGGCGGCAACUCGUUCAACGAGCCCGCGCUCUCCUUCCGCAGCGGCAUCCCCGGCACUCCCGCCGGCGCGCGCGCGAGUGUCGGCGGCGAGAGCGGCGCGGGCACGCCGCGCGACACGCCGGGGGUGUCAGAGCGAAGCUUCGCGUUCCAAGGCAUGGGCUCGCCGGCUUCCCCCGCAAACACCGCCGGGUUAUGCGGCGGCGAUAACGGAGACGACCCGCGCACGCCGGAAAUUGGAACAACUCGAACCGUAGAAGACGGGGAGAGCGGAGGUAACGGGCAGGAGGUAAUGGAGAUUAAGAAGAUCGGUCUUAAGGCGAUCCACGCGGCGACGCAGGGGUACUCGAAGGCGAACUUAAUCGGCGACCGCGGGCACGGGCGCAUGUACAAGGCGGACUUCUCCAGCAAGGAACGCGUGCAGAUGGCGGUGUUGCUCGAGCUCUCGGGGGAGAAGCUCGACGAGGCGGAGUUCGCGGCGGCGGUUAAGGCGCUGGGGGACCUCUGCGUGCAGUCGGACCGCCUGGUGGCGAUCAUGGCUUAUAGCGCGGAUAAGGGCCAGCGGUGGGUGGCGUAUGAGUACCUGCCGGGUGGCAGCCUGAAGGACCACCUGCACGGGGACCUGCGGUUCGAGCGCGCGCUGACGUGGCAGAAGCGCGUGCAGAUCGCGGUGGACGUGGCGGCGGCGCUGGAGUUCCUGCAUGAACAGUGCGAGCCGCGCAUGAUUCACCGCGACGUGUCGGCCGACAACGUGGUCCUGGACGGCGAGCUGCGCGCCAAGAUUAAAGACGUCGGCAUCCACACGCUCGUCCGCGAUUGGUCCGAGGGCCGCGCCGUGUCGCCCUCCGUCCUGGGCUCCAUGGGCUACCAGGCCCCGGAAUUCCGCGUCAGCGGCGAGCAGACGGCGCGGUCCGACGUGUUCAGCUUCGGCGUGGUGCUACUCGAGCUGCUCACGGGGCGCAAGCCCGUGGACUCCACGCGCCCCAAGGGGCAGCAGUCGCUGCUGACGUGGGUGCUGCCGCACCUGGAGAACAGGCUCGCCGUGACGAGCCUGGUGGACCCGUACCUGCGCCUUAACUCGACGCUGGACCCCAAGUCGCUCCACCUCUUCGCGCUCGUCGCCGCGCACUGCCUGCAGCACGAGCCCGAGGACCGCCCGCGGAUGGCGGAGGUGCACAGCCAGCUGCAGCAUUUGCUGCUCUCGCUCUCCCCCGACGGCCUCCCCUCCCCCAUCUCCCCCGGCGCCGCCUCCGCCUCCCCCCUCUCCCCCCUCUCCCCCGCCUCCCCCAUCUCCCCCAUCCCCAAUCUCACCGCUGCAUCGCCCUGCACCAACGCUCCGAGCCCUGACCCCGAGAACGAGAGCUGCUCCGUGGCGGAUUCUGCCACCACCAGCGGCACGCACGUGUCGCACUCGGCGCGGCGCUACGACCAGAAGCGCUGGGUGCCAGUCACCAAUGGCCCGGCCACUGCGGUGAAGACCCAUGCUAGUGCUGCCACUGCUGCUGGUGGCAGUGCUGCUGUGAGCCAUGUGCGCUCGCCUCUUGCUCCAGUCAUCAACCUGUGAGCAGCAGGGCGGCACGCUGACCUGGCCAACCUGGGGUGACCACGGCCCAUAGAGGCAUGGCCACCGAACCUGUGACUGACUGCUGCCAGCAUGUGAUGCCGGUCCGUGCCAGCAUUAGACUCCCUGACAUCCUCGCCUAGCUAGCUCUACCCACCUGCUAGGAUCAUUCUCCCAGUGAUCCCCCCCUUCCCCCCUCCCUGCAUGCCGUGGCAUCACCUGCCACGCUUUGUCCCCGCAGGUUUGCCACUUGCUAGCUACCAGUUGAGUAGAUGAUUCUUACAUAGCAGUUAGAGAUUUAGGGCCAUCCCAGCCCUGCUGUUAGGAGAGGUGUGUGACACCCAUGACAUUGGAGAUGGCAGUCUGACUGGGGGGUCCCUAUUUAUGGUUCAUGCUAACAGAUAUGCAGAGUGGUCUUUACUCAAAAGAAAUCGUCUUUUUCUAC